UUAGAUCGGAGAAAUUGAAGUAGCAGCGAAUGAAGGGCGUGAAAGAGACAGCGGGCAACAUCGGCGCCUCGGCAGUAUCUGGGAUGGAGAAAACCAAAGCCGUCCUUCAAGAAAAGGUGGAAAGGAUGACAGCGCACGAUCCACUCGAAAAAGAGAUGGCAACACAGAAGAAAGAAGAAAGGAUCAACCAGGCCGAGCUGGAGAAGCGAGAGAAACUAAUGGCACACAAAGCCGAGGCGACUACCGGCGUAGCGGCGGGCAAAUCGUACUCAUAUUCUACUACCGGCGCAGCAGGGCAUCCGACUGGCGCUCAUCAGAUGUCAGCCAUGCCGGGGCACGGCACUGGAGCUCCAGUGGGAGAGGUGAUCGAAGGGGUGGUGGAGUCUCGCCCAAUCGGAACCGCCAUGCCAGGGACUACGAGGCUGGAGCACCACCGCUCAUAAUAAUGCCCCUGGCGCUGGAGGCACUUACAGAUCGAGUUAAACUUAUUGUUACUGUGCGUGGCUGCAUUUCUAAUAAAUAAAAGAAUAAAAAGAUGAAGUAUGAAGUACUUUUUUAGACGUAAAAGCCAUUUUUGAAAUUCAAACAGCUGCAAUGCUAUUGCCGGUGAUUUUAGUGUCACCGGCCGUUUUGUGUAAUUGGAAAUAACGCGUUUUGUGUAAUUGGAAAUGACAUGAGUGUCAAUGUGAAUUAAACUAGUUCUUAUAUACAAGUGUGCACUCCACACCUACUAACUUGUAUUAGAUCAUAGUUCUAAUUCUUAUUGGCACUCAUGUCAUUUCCAAUUACACAAAACGGCCAAAACGGCCGGUGACACUAAAAUUACCAACAGCCUAUGCAUCAGACGCGGCCCAAUAAACCAGGCUUACUAAAUUGAUCCAGCCCUAUAAUAAGAGCCUAAGAGCAUCUCCAACGGUUAGCUAAUUAUCUUCCUAGCUUGAUUAGCCACGUAAGCAUUUGCAGCAAAAUUAAAAUUUACUCCAAUGGUUAGCUAUGUCAUCUUCCUCUUCAUUUAUUAUUAAUAAUGUUAUAUUUAAU